AUGCUUCUAUCUGCUGUUGCCAAAUUAGACCAAAAAUUUGAUCCACUUUCAACUGAGAUUCGACAGCUCUAUUCUGUCAUUAGCUCCAGUUUUGGGGUGAGUAAUGGAGCUGCUAAUUCUCAUCUUCCUACCCAGUCCGGAGAUAGAUCUGCAGCAACCCAUGAUUCGAAAGAUGAAUUGGAAGCCAUGGCAAUGGGUCGCAGUACUCAACCCACAACUGACAGGUAUGCCCGAGACCAAAACGUUUCCAAUUAUCGUAUUAAGUUAGACAUACCAAAUUUUGAUGGGUCUUUGAACAUUGAGGAUUUUCUUGAUUGGUUGCAAACUGUUGAAUCGUUCUUUGAAUAUAUGUCAAUACCUGAGGAAAAACAAGUCCGAUUGGUAGCUUAUAAGUUUCAUGGAGGUACUUCAGCCUGGUGGGAACAAGUGCAAAACAAUCGACGGAAGCAAGGGAAUGGUUCAAUUCAAACUUGGUCUCGGUUGCGUCGUAUGCUAUGGGCUCGAUUCCUCCUAGCUGAUUUUGAACAGAUUCUCUACCAACAAUACCACCAUUGCCAACAAGGUAAUCGAACAAUCGGAGAAUACACUGAAGAAUUCUAUAGGUUGAGUGCUCGAGUGAAUUUGAAUGAGAAUGAAGGCCAACUUGUUGCUAGAUAUGUGGCUGGGUUAGUUACUCCAAUUCAGGAGAGAUUGAAACUUAGCCCUAUUUGGAGCCUCAGUGAUGCUAUUAAUUUGGCUUUCAAAGUUGAGAAACAAAUUGAGAGAGCAACCUUCAAGAACCCAGUUAAAUGGAAGCCACCAAAUGAAUUUUACCCUUCCAAAUUCAAACCCCAAUCUUCUCAAAUGCCUCCACAUAAAUCUACACCAGUGGAAAGCUCAAAGAAACCAGUUAGCAAACCACAACAACCAUCCACCAAAACCACUAACCCAUAUGUUCGACCUUAUCCUUUGAAAUGCUUCAAAUUUGGUCAACAAGGGCAUAAAUCUAAUGAGUGUUCACUCCGGAAACAAGUCAACCUAAUGGAAAAUCAAGAGGAUUCGGGAGAAGAAUUUGCUACUAUAGGAGAUGAAACCGAAUUGGUAGAUGAGGACCAAGGAGAACCAGUAAUCUGCAUCAUACAGAAACUUUUGCUCUCUCCCAAGCAUCCCAUAGAGCCUCAACGCCAUGCUAUCUUCAAAACUAAAUGCACUAUCAAUAAAAAGGUGUGUGAGGUGAUUAUAGAUAGCGGAAGCAGUGAGAAUAUAGUGUCUAAGUCCUUGGUUAAGGUCCUAAAACUUCCCACCAUAAGCCACCCAAACCCUUACAAAGUAGGUUGGAUUAAAAAGGGGGUAGAAACUAAGGUUAUGGAGCUGUGUAAAGUCCCUUUCAGCAUAGGGAAGCAUUGCGCUGAUAAGGUUAUUUGUGACCUCGUGGAGAUGGACGCUUGCCACAUCCUGUUAGGCUGGCUGUGGCAGUUUGAUAAUUCCAUGAUGCAUGAUGGCCAGAAGAAAACUCAUUCUUUUCAAGGGAAAGAAAAGAAUAUCGUUCUACUUCCCUCCAAACCACAACUUGACCACACCUCCCUACCUACACAUGGACUUCCACAAGCUCAACCUUCAGACAAGGGACCGAUCCUUCUAACCAUCUCUGGAAAACAUUUUAAGUUACAAACCAAACAGUCAUAA